AUGAGUUUGGUUGGUGAUGUUGAAGAUUCUUCGAGACACUUAUUCAUAAUAGAAGAUCUAACCCCUGGAUUUAACCACAUGGACGACAGUCCGUUUCGAAAUGAAGCAUGUAGAAUAAAUCAUUUCUGUGCUCGUUCGGAGAAUGUAAUAGUUUGCCCACAGCCCAUUCUCGAUGCUUCAAGUACCCGUUCUCCGGACUCCAGUCAAAAUGCUGCAACCCCUACUCAAGGAAGAAGACAAUCAGCUCGUAUUGAAGCCAAACAAAAGAAUAAGAAAUCAUGCUGUGACAGCGAAGAAGAUGUUUCAGAGCAUUCUUUAAGAACUAAAGUUCACGGUGGUCUCACAAAACAAAACAAAAAAUUAUCUCCACUUUUAAAAACAACUAAUUCUACCUGCAAAAAACGUACAAAAUCUCGUCUUUUUAGACAGUCACAAGAUUUAAGUAAUUGUUCUUCAGAUUCGGAAGAAAAUGAUCCUGAAAGAUUAUGGUGUAUAUGCCGACAACCUCAUGAUGAAAGAUUUAUGAUUUGUUGUGAUCUAUGCGAUGAAUGGUAUCACGGUGAUUGUGUUGGAAUUAAACCAGAAGAAGGUAAACGUAUGGAGAAAAAUGAAAUCGAAUUUGUCUGUGAUUCAUGUAAAUUAAUGGGUGCUUACACGGGGAAAAAUGAAGAAGCCACUAAUCUACAAACAUUUACUGGUGCUGAUACUACUGAAUUUACGUCAACGGAAUUUUCCCCAGUCAUUAGUACGCCUAUAUCACCCACCAAUCUGUUAACAGCAACCAUAGUAAAUAGUUUACGAUUACGCUUAACCGAGGAAGCUGAAAAAGAACGUGAUCGUCUUGCUACUAUUUUACCAGAAUCAGAUGUUACUACAAAAUGUCCUUCAGAGGAUGAUAGUUCAAUUUCUGAAUCAUUUUCAACUUUAACUAGUACAGAAGACACUCCAUCAUCUGUAAUCACAAAUGAAAAUAAACCAUCUUCGAUAAACAAUAGUUUGCGAUCUGAAAAUUUCCCCAAAGUCCUAUCACGCAAAAAGAAACGACCGCGGAUUAUUUUAAAAAAGGAAACAAAUGAACAAGUAAAUUCAACAACAAAUUCAUGUUUGGGACCAAAUUGUAAGAGCAUUAUUAAUCCUCAAAUUAGUGUUUACUGUAGUAACAAAUGUUUAAAAUCUUACGCAAUGGAUGUACUUCAAACAGUUUGCCGAAAAUAUGAUUCAACAGAUACUACCGAUAAAUCAGCUCAUCAAUAUCACUUAGAUGCUCAUAAAACACUAGUUGUCCUAGAUCGUAGAAGUGGGACAGUUCUAAAUGGAACUAGAGCUCCAACCAGUGAUUCUUUGAUUGAUUUUUUAUCCGCCCAUCCUACUUUUCAAGUUGUUUACAAUCGUCAGAAAAAUGAUCGAUUUCAAAAGACUACAUCUUCAAACCAGUCGAAUAAAUGUUCUGAACAGAAUGAAACAUCAUCACAUAUGAACAAAAUGUCAGCAGAGUAUGAUGCCUGCCGUUCGCCUUCAUCGACAACAUCCGAUUCAAAUAAUAAUCAACAGCUUUUGACUCCUGAGAGUGUUGAACAUGUACGAAAAAAAUAUCGAUCUCUUUUAUUUGCUCUGCUUGAAAAAAGAACACAAACUUCGCGUUAUAUUUUUACAGUUAAUCGUUCAAGAUUAAAAAUGUUAGCUACAGAAUUGGAAAAUGUAAUUUGUGCUAGAAAUAAUCUAACUAAUUAUUCUACAUCGUCAAAUGAAUCUUCACCAUUGGUACAAGAUUAUUCAACAUAUAAAUGUCAAUUACAUUUAUUCCUUAAUUGUUUAGAUAAUCCUGGUAUUUCAGAAAAAUCACACAGUACGACUGCAAUUAUUGAAUCAUCUAUUAUGUUACGUGAUCAAUUUUUCGAUGCACUUAUUAGUGGUUCAUUAAAUGCUAUUGAUUUAGCACAUUGUCAAAACAUAAAAACAUUAGAAUCUAUAGUUAGACGUACUCGUCUAGCAGCUAAUGCUCAUAAUAAAUUAUCAGCUGCAACUUCAAUUAGUUCAUCGAAUAAUGUAAAUACAAAUAAUUCUAAUGUCAUACUUGGAUCCAAUCAGACUGGCUCUACAAUGAUUCCUUCAUCACUCCAUUCUUCCAUUCUUCCUACUACAACAACAACAACAACAACAUUUCAACCAUCAGAAACUACUACUGUAACAACUGCAAUGAAUGAAUCAUUACAGUUGGAUACUACAAAUGAACAUGGCAAACAUUUAUAUGAUAUGCAUUGUAAACGUUGUACAGGCCAAACAAAAAUACAUUUGAAACAACAACAACAACCGUUGCCAAAAAAAUCGAUAUUAUCUACUUCUAACAGUACCACUAGUGUUUGUAAUGAUCUACCUACGGUGUUCACGGAUUUUGUGAAGCAUCAGCGGUUCGAUCUUCAAGGACAUUCUCAGUUUGGAUUGCUCAUAUUGUCCCAUUCAGUUUUUGGUCUACGUUCUACUGCGUUUAUUCAUUUAUCAGCCUAA